AUGGCCAGAGCACUCCUGACGCCCUUCAGGCUCCUGCGCCGGGAUUGGCGCAACCUGAGCGUCCGCUACGCCUCUGAUUGGACCGUCUUCAACCAGCUUAUUUUUGCCAGCGCGGUUUAUGUCUUCUUCACUAACCUGCUUCCGGGCAUCACCUUCGCCAGCGACCUGUACGAGCUCACCGGCCAGAACUGGGGAACCAUUGAAGUCGUCUUCAGUACCGGCCUCUGCGGCGUUAUUUUCUCAGUGCUUUCAAUCCAACCGCUCACCAUUUUGGGCGUUACUGGUCCAUUUUCAAUCCUAGCCGAGAACAUCUAUUCUCUAUGCACCACCUCCUUUCAUAUCCCAUUCCUUCCCUUCAUGGCCUGGUCUCUCAUUCACUCCUGCUGGAUGCACUGGCUACUCGCCAUCUUCAAUGCCCACGACUAUACCAUGCGCUACGUCACAAGCUUCUCAACGGAAAUCUUCAGCCUCCUGAACAGCAUAAUCUACUUCCACAAGGCUAUCCAGGAGCUUGAGCGUGCCCAUUCGCGCUUGUCGUUCGCCGCAUUUCUCUACGCAGUCAUAGGGUGCAUUGGAACGUGCCUGCUGGCCAUCUUUCUGGCGUCUGCGGAGAAGUGGAAGCCUCUCUUCCACCGCUACAUUCGCAUGGGCCUUUCCGAAUACGCUGCAGCCAUCAGUAUCAUCAUCUUCAUUGGAAUUCCCUAUGCAGGGGAGCUCGCAAGUCUGGACAAGGACACGUUGCACGUCAGCAAGUCCUUCCGCCCAAGCAGCCCUGAGCGGUCGGUGUUUUUCGUCAAGUUCUGGGAACUCCCCGUGGCCUGGAUCUUUGCCGCUCUGAUACCAGGCGCAAUCAUCACCGUCUUGUUCUUCUUCGAUCAUGAAGUAAGCAGCAUCAUAUGCACCAUCGACCGAUACGGGACUCGGCAACCUGGAGGCUUUGCUUGGGACAUCGUAUUGCUCGGCACUACAACUGCUGUUUGUGGCAUACUAGGCAUUCCUCCGGCAAACGGGCUUUUGCCGCAAGCUCCGCUCCACUCAGAGAGCCUUAUGCACGACGAACAUGAAAGAAUCCCGAUGACAGACUCUACUGAUGCAGCCAGUGAGGUGAGAGUGUCUCGCCGUGUCUACGAACAGCGAUGGAGUCACUUCCUUCACGCUGCUGGCAUUCUGGCGUUCGUCAGUCCUCCGCUUAUGCACGUUCUGGGUUUGACUCCUACCAGCGUGCUUGCAGGGCUUUUCCUGUUUAUGGGAGAACAGAGUCUUUCUGUGAACCCCAUCCUCUGGCGCACGUUUCACCUGCUUACACCGCCGUCAGAGUUGCCCAAGCUCCCUCAACAAGUGCGCUACGUGCCUAUCCACUUAUAUACGCUGACCCAAAUCAUCGUGACCGUCAUAAUCUUCAUUGUCACCCUGACGAAGGCUGGGCCGGCCUUUCCCAUAAUCAUCAUUCUCUUAGUGCCAAUCAGGCUCCAUUUCAUGAACCGGGUAUGGAACCGCGAAAUCCUGAGAUACGUUGAUUCAUGGGCAUGCCGAGAUGGCACCCCAGAGGACGACGAGGACCGAAGAACAGAAUCCCGGAAGGGCCCUACAGUGCAGCCGGCAGGCGUUUCUACGGACGUAGAAAGCAGAGGAACUGAAGGGGGAGCCAGUGAACCGAUCUUGCUACGAGAAAUAGGCCCAGCAGCCCGAAAAGAAUGA